CACCGCCAUUAUCUCUUACCUGUUCGCAACAGGGCCCGCUACAUUUACCCCUCGUAUCAGGCGAUCAAUCGUUGCGGAGGAUUUUGCAUAUGUCCUGGUUUCAACCUCCUCAUCUCCGCGUUUUCCAGGUACUUCAAGGAGACCACGGAAUGUGACUUAGCUGGUAUCGAUGUUUCGUUUUUGGAUCACAAAUCUAAAUAGACGUUCUGCGGAAAACGUGGCAUGGUUCUGUGAAAUAAAGGCCAUCAGCAAUCGACCAGAGUCCCAAACGCAAAUGGUUGAAUUCCCGAAUCGAUUCAGACGUGGGUUACUUUAAGAGUGAAUUGGAAAAGUUUUUUUGGAUCGUCGGUGCAGUUGGCCCAUAAUAACAAGGAGAUCCUAAUCACGAACUGCCAUAUCAGUCACUAUUUGUCACUGUCACUGGAUUCAUCUAUUCGCUACAAGAACUCGGAACUCACGACAUGUUCUGGACUAUUAGGGGAUGAAAUUAUAUGAACUCUCUGAUGUUUUGUAGCUAUUCUGUAUUGUUGUCUGUUUCUCAGGAGAAUAUUUAUGACAAUAUUCGUAAAGAAGUGGACGCGUUGUCUUCCAUCGCAUGUCUGGUGAACAAUGUGGGUAUGGUAAAUGUGAGCCCCAUGGAGUUUGGCUUUGAGGAAGGAAUGUGUGUGGAUAAAAUUCACGACUACAUUGCCUGUAACUGCUUGUCCAUGGCUGGAAUGACUCACCUAGUGCUUCCUCGGUUAGUAGCGCAGAAAUCCGGGGCGGCACUAAUCAAUUUGGCAUCGUUCACUUCCGUUCGACCGGUUCCUUACAUUUCACUAUAUACUGGAACCAAAGCCUUCGCACGUCAAUUCUCCGAGUCCCUGAAGUCCGAAGUUCGAGGACGUAAUGUACUUGUUCACACCGUUUACCCAAUCUAUGUGGCCACCUCCAUGGUUGGUCGUCGACGUGGAUUCUGGGUCAUCUCUCCCACACAAUGUGCCCGGAGUUCGUUAGACAUGUUGGGCGUGAAUUCCUUCUGUACAGGACAUGUGCUUCAUGAACUACAAACCUACGGUUUCUCUUUCGUCCCACAGCCCUUGUUUAAUCACUCAAUGGAGCGAAAGCUGAAACGUGCUCGUCAACGCGCACUCAAGACUGAAUGAUGUGUUCCAGCUGUUUCAAACUCUGCUAUGAGUGUUUUGUGAUUGCUUCAUAGAGUGGCAAUUGUACUGUGCUGUUUACUUCACAUCAUCUAAGCGUGUCUAAGCAUCUUCUGUCCCACGAAGGAGCCUAGUUUUUUGGACGGUGGUAUUGAAACCGGUGUCCAUCAGUCGGAUCCCGACUUCUUUCUGCAACGUUUCUCUCGUUUGCCCAUUGUUUGCUCGUGUAUACAGCUCUUCCCUGUGUUGUGACUGUUUCUUGGUCACGCCCACUCUCGAUUGUAUCCAGCUUUGCUUUGAAUGCUGCUGGUCCAAACAAUUAUGUCUGCCAGAUCUGUUUUCAUGACCUUCACUGAGUCUCCUGCUGAUUUUUUGCUCUAUUUUCAUGGAUUACAAUUUUCAGUUAUACUGUCCUCAUUGUUUGAGUCACCUGAUCUCGUUUUGUAGGUUGCGUUACGUUCGCUGCAACCUCUCCUUCUUUCUCAGUCUUAAAUUUUUCUUUGCACAAUCUCUGUAAACCCUUUCAAAUUUUUUCGGUAAUUCUGUGGUUAGCUUUGAAGUAGGCACUGUUUUGGUAGCCGUGGACUAAAGAGCUAAAGCUUGGACGGCUGAAUAGGCACACGAAUGAACAGCAUGUUAGUGUUUGUCACUCGUUUCCCAGCUGUCUGAUUGUGAUCAAAGCCAGAAUCGUUUCUCAAUCUUGUUUAAUGCAGCUUCGAAGCCCUUAAAAU